AGAGCCACUUGUCGGCCCAGCCACAGGGGGCAAUAGACAAAAUUGUUGGUCAGAUUCCGCGAAUGCAAGUAUCCCCUGUCAAUUCCUCGCAUUUUUGGACAAUACCGGCCAGCGCGACCAGCUUGUCCAAAGGAUUGGUGAUAAAGCACUCGGAGGACCGCAUGAUCAUUUCAUACCAGGCCUGAUAGACCAUGUCUUUUCAACCGGUGGGGUACUAGUGGUUGGGCUGGGCGAGACGCCGGGGCGCUGCCGUUGGUCGAGUACUGCCAAUGCAUGCUUCAGCUCAUGAUAUGGGCGAUAGGUGACUUCGACUCCGGUUUCGACAAGCUCGACCCCUUGCCAGGAUUCGAGAUAUACGGAUCCAGCGGACCCAAAGUGGAUGGUCCUGGGCGAGAGGAUGCGCCCCUGCAGCACCCAGCCUCGCGAAUUCAUCUCCCUGCGGUCCAAGUGACGGCGAGCGUUGGAGCCCAGAGCAUCGAAGAACGCUUCCGACUCGAACGGGCGGUUGGCUGUCGGGGACUGCGUUCCGCGUUGUUGGUCACCAGCGACGGCCCGAGACCUGAAGCAGCCAUAUCCGCCUCGAAACUGCACGCUCGCCGCUGUCGUGUCCCCAAACGGCCACGACCUUCUCCCACUGCAUCGACUCUUCUAAGAAGCCAUGGUCCGCGUGGUCCGCUGCUUGGGCGGCGAUGGUACAGUAGGCGUGCAUGUAUACGUCGCCCAUUCUUCCCGCUUCCUGAGACCAAUCCUCUCUAUCACCCCGGAUGAUGCACAGACAGUCUACCUAGAGGUAGCGGAUACGAAGACGUCGCGUGACUUGGACCACAUCACGAAUGGUCCGAGGCAUUUGGUCGACGGCAAUGUGUCUCAUGCGCUCCUGAAUCGUAUCAACGGUUGUCGUGAGCGAGUUGGUAGUUCCCCACCGGUAGCUGAGGGCAGUGUAUCCUUGGUCCUUCGAGUCUGUCGGAAGAGAAGCCGUUUCCACGAGACGCACUCCUGCAUCGAAAUGUGUUUCCAA